AUGCCACACGCAACCCUUUCCAACAUCACAGUUCACCCUCUCCCCCGCCGUCUCGGCUCCACCUACACCAUCGGUGCCGAACUUCGCAACGCCAACCUCGAAUCCCUCACCCCCUCGGACGAGGAGAUCAUAAAAAAAGCCCUUUACGAAAACCAAGUCAUAAUCUUCAAGAAGCAGGAUUCCCUCACUCCCUUCGCUCAAUACAAUGUAACCCGCCUAUUCGACCUUGUCGCAACCUCCUACGGCCACGGCAAAACCCUCGAUGCAAAGCGCUCCAUCCUACAUCCCGAUCUCAAGACUAUCCCGCACCAGCCGCAGGUCCAGGUCAUCGGGAAUGGCUUCGUUCCGGAGUUUGAAGGGCUGAAAGAUAUUACGCUGAGGCAUCCGCAUCAUAAAACGUUCCAUAAGGACGUCAUCAGUGAAGAAGAUGAUCGUGAGAAUACGAGGUUCUAUCGGUGGCAUAUCGAUGCCGCGCUGUAUGAUUUGGAACCGCCUAUGGUGACUAGUCUGCUUGCUGUCAGAGUGCCCAAGACGGAGUACCAGACGCUGAGAUAUGAUGAUAGGACGGGUGAUGAGGUUAAGGUGCCGAGGGGCAGCACGGUGUUUGUGAGUGGGGAAACGAUGUACGACCUGCUUUCUGAAGAGGAUAAGAAGUUUGCAAGAGAAACGAAGGUACAGUAUGCGCCACACCCGUAUAUUUGGAUGAGCGGCGCGCGCUCACGAAGUACGGGGCUGGGUAUGGUGUCUGAAGGGCUGGAGCUCGACGCAGCGCAACUUCCGCCUAUCGAACAGGGGAAGAUCAAGACUCUGCCUAUGUGCUGGCGGAACCCUGUUACAGGAAAGCUGGCGCUGCAGAUCCAUCCCAGCGCGGUGCAAAAGCUCGUGUUGAAGGAUGGCACGAUGGUAGGUGGUCUAAAGGAAGCGAGGGAGAUUGUGUACAGGCUGCAAAGACCUGGUAUUGCACCUGAAUUGGUGUUCCCUAUUGAUUGGGAAGAGGGCGACUUUGCGAUUUUCAAUAACAGGGGCGUGUUACACUCUGUUACGGGGAGCUUUCUGCCAGAGGAGGUUAGGAUCUUCAGGCAGUGCAAUAUGGCUGCGAGUCAGCCUGUGCAGGGACCUGAAGAAGCUAUUCUGGAUGUUAUGAUGGAAUGA